GCGACAUCAGCUUGAAUGGAACCCCUCUAUACUCGUCCAAUUUGACAAGAAGGGGGAGAAAAUAGAAAAAGAAGUAGCCCUUUUCAGGUCAAAUUCUCCAGAUGGAUCUAAGCCCCCCUGCAGGGGAGAAUUAUGCUCACCCAAGGAUUUGCUUCUUCCAUGUUCUAUUCAAGGCUGCAGCUUUGGCAUUUUACAUACUUUCAGCCUUAUUUGUCAACAGUUUUGUCAUCAUUUUCGUGAUUACCGUACUUCUUGGUGCCCUUGAUUUUUGGGUGGUCAAAAAUGUGAGUGGGAGAAUCCUAGUAGGUUUAAGGUGGUGGAAUGAAAUCAAUGAUGAGGGUGAGAGUGUUUGGAGAUUUGAAUGCCUUGACCAGGAGUCAAUGGCUCGGAUCAACCAGAAGGAUUCAUGGCUGUUCUGGUGGACCUUAUAUCUCACUGCGGUUGCUUGGAUCUUCCUUGGAAUAUUUUCCCUCAUAAGGUUUCAAGCUGAUUAUCUCCUUGUCGUUGGAGUCUGCUUGACUCUCAGCAUUGCCAAUAUUGUUGGCUUCACUAGAUGCCGUAAAGAUGCCAGGAAGCAGCUUGAAGCGUUUGCCACCCAGACCCUGGCUUCUCGAGUAACAUCUACAAUACAGUCGGCAUUUAGUGUUGUUUGACUUGCUCGUCACUGACAGAGGAAUACAAUGCCUGAGAAGCCUUAACAGUUGGUCUUGUUGCAUCAUAGUGCAUUACUGUAUUAGAUAUCUGUUUCUUUCACACUUCUACAUAGAUAUGAGAGCACAUGAGAGAACUUACUAUUGCUUUUUGUUUUUGAAAGGCCUUGUAGAUGUUGAAUACCAAAGGAUUUGAUAAUCUAGUUUCAUUUUGAAAUCCAAUUGAUUCGUUCUUUCAUUA